CGGCGGACUAGCUUACUCCGCAUUUCCAACGCCUACCCCAGAUUACGUGGACGGUGUAUAAACCUCGGGCCUUUUACAUUCACAUCUACAAUUACAUUUACUAACUUGAAUAUACCCUAUUCCUGCUUCACACAUCGUUAUAUUGUGACAAGGUUCGAGAACAUCAAGUAUAUUUCACCAUGUCGAGCUCCAAGCGCGUCGAGCAGAUCGCAGGCCACCUCAACUACCCCAAGGGCAUGCUAGCUGGUCAGACUGCCAUUAUUACGGGCUCAGGACAGGGCAUUGGCGCGGAGACAGCGCGGCUGUUUGCGAUCUCCGUCCCCGGCGACGUCCUCUCGGACGCCUACAUCACAACCCUCAUCCAACAAGCCGCCGCCUUCGGCAACGGCAAAAUCCACAUCAUCGUCAACAACGCAGGCUACACAUGGGACGGCGUAAUCCACAAGAUGACGGACAAGCAAUGGCACACGAUCGUCGACCUGCACGCCACAGCGCCCUUCAAGAUCGUGCGCGCCGCAGCCCCCUACUUCCGCGUCACGGACGGCGAGCCCCGCAACAUUAUUAACAUCUCGAGUACGAGUGGCGUGCAUGGGAAUGCCGGGCAGGUGAAUUAUGCGCUGGCCAAGGCGGGGAUUCAGGGCGUUACUAAGACUAUUGCUAAGGAGUGGGGCCCGCAGUUUGGCGUCCGCGCGAAUACGGUUGCGUUUGGUCAUAUUCAAACGAGGCUUACGGCGGCGAAGGAGGAGGGCGCGUUUAUUACUACGGCGGAUGGGGAGAAGGUCGCGUUGGGGAUUCCGCAGAAGCAGAAGGCGGGGCAGAAGGGGGAGGAGCAUGCGGAUAUUCCGCUGAGGAGGGCGGGGACGGCGACGGAGGCGGCGAGUGUGGUGUUGGCGGUUGCGAGUCCGCUGUUUCAGUAUGUUACGGGUGAACUGAUUAAGGUGACUGGAGGGCGGAUGAUGUAGGGUUGGAAUAUUAUGGAGAUGCGGCAGAUGAUGUUGUUUUGGAGUAGUACAGAAAUGUUCAGUGGUGAGACGAGUUUAUGUCGAGGAAUGGUUGGAGGAGUGUCUCAGUCUGGGCAUGGCUCGGCGGGCAUGUCUCCGCUCCGCCAUGUCCAGACACCAUGGCCAAUGUUGCCGCGACCAUGACGA